AUGCUGAAAUGUGCAGAUGAUGUUGUUAUGGAGCAGAAGGAAUCUGCUUCCCCUGGAGAAAUGACAAGCUGGGAUAUCAAUGACAUCAAACUUCCCCAGGAUGUAAGACAAACAGACUGGUUUCAAGAAUGGCCAGAUUCCUACGUAAAACAUAUCUAUAGCUCAGAGGAUAAAAAUGCUCAGAGGCACCACAGCAGCUGGGCAAUGAGAAACACAAACAACCACAACUCCCGCAUCUUAAAAAAGUCCUGCCUUGGGGUGGUGGUCUGUGGCAAUGACUGCUCAACAUGGGAUGGGAGGAAGAUCUACCUAAGACCAGCCAUAUGUGAUAAAGCUAGGCAAAAACAACAGCGGAAAUGCUGUCCAAACUGCAAUGGACCCCUGCAGCUCCUUGCCUGCCGAGGCCAUGGUGGUUACCCAGUUACCAACUUCUGGAGGCAUGAAGGCCAAUUUAUAUUUUUUCAGUCCAAAGGAGCUCAUGACCAUCCACGUCCAGAAACAAAGCUAGAAGCAGAAGCAAGAAGAUCAUUCCAAAAAGCACAGACAGCUUUUUCUCCAUCUUCUCCAGGAUUGAAACAAAUCCGGGAGAUUGAGUCUCUCACAGGUGCAAUGCCGACACAGGAGGCUUUUCCUUUGCUUCUUUCCAAGCCAGGCACUUACAUGAUACCUGCCGAUUUUGGGAGACAUUUGAGCAAAAUCUCCCAGGAUCUGACGCUGAGCAGCUGCUCUGUGUGGCCUCCACACCCACGAGUGUCUGGGGAGGAUGGAGGAUGCAGAGAAGCGCUGACCUGGACCGGCACCCUCAACAUCCCCAGUACCCCCAGCACCCAGAGGCCUCACAGCGGCCCUGCCGACCCCGCCACCGCCCUGCCCGGCACAGCCCCUUCCCCCCGGUGCUGCACUCACCCAGGCACCCAGCAGGUCCUGGCUCAGGAGAAGGGCGGCCCUGACCCCUUCGUUCCAAUUGCUGGCCCUGCUGGGGAUGAAUCCUCUGAGGAGAAAUCCCUCCUGGCUUACGGCCGCCCUCCACCACCCUACCUCAUGCCCCCAGGGGGGCCCUGGCCUAUGGCGGGGAGGACACAGCACCACUACCAGCUCCUGGAGCCCCUCAGGAGGAGGGAGAGAGGUGGAGGGGAAGGAGGGCACCGGAUGGGUCUCAAUUUGUGCACUGAUGAUGUGUUAUUUAACCUGUACCCCUUGCGGUGA